UUCAGUAGUCGAGAUAUUGUACAAAUAAAUAGACAACAAAUCAACAGCGUUCGCAUAUACAAUAAAAAUUAAAAAAAAGAAAAAAUAGAAAAUACUAAUACCUAUAUGCAUAUAAAUAAUUUCUGUUACUUAUUUUUGUUACUUGUACAUAUGUGAAUGUUUUCGUACUUAGUAUAUUCAUAAAUAGUUACGUAGGUACCUACAUAGUACAUAUAAUAUAAAAUAUGUACAUCCGAAUAAAUAAAUAUUGAUUGUGACUUUCAAAUUAUUACUUCCUCGUUACACCUAGAAAUUUAUGAAAAGUGUCUCUAAAUUAUUAAUUGAUAUGUAUUAUUAAUUGAAGUGUUAAUAACUGCAAAAAUAUACAAGUUAAACUUUUUGAAAAAUAUUAAUAUUAUUUCUCAAAAAAAAAAAUUAAUUAUAUUACUCGUAAAGUUUGAAAUUAUAAUCUCAGUUCGUUCAAUCUGAAUGUAGAGAUAUUACAAGCGAGUGAGUCCAUAUGUACGUGAUCUUGUUGCUAUGAAAUCAUCAAGUUAUUAAAAGUCUCAAAUGUUCUGAAGUGAUCCCGGCUGACAUUAGAAUUAAUUUAAAGCGGACUUCAACGCAGUCUUUCUUUAAUUAUUUAAUUUACUUGUAAAUUGCCACCAUCUAUUAUUUUUAUUUCUGUCAAUAAAAAACAACUACAAGUGAAAAUGUUUGUAAACAAUUUGUUAAUUGUUUUGCCGGUUCUUACAUUGUUAAAUGCGGUUGAGUCGAAAGAUAAAUUCGGACAGCUGAACAGUUUGCAAUCAAUGCAAGUGAAUUUAAAUCAAAAUGUAGAAAGUGAAAUAAAGACGAGAUCUCGAAGGGACAAUGAAGACGAUGCUGAAGUUGGUUGGUCGAUAAUAAAUGAAGAAGUCGAUACUGUUAUACCUCUGCUGCUGGAACAUUUGCAAAAACUACAAAUAGAGCAUUUACAACUGCCUGAUAUCAAAGAGAAUCUAUCUGUGAAGCCCCUGUUUUUAACAUACGAAGCUGGACUUUACCUAACAAAUGGCAUCGUCUACAAUGUUGCAGGCAUAGAACGUUAUGGACCGGCCUACAUGACUUAUAAGGAUAAAUCAUUUUUAACUCGAUUCUAUUUGAAUAUCAAAAAUUUACAGUUCGAGUACAACUUUUUGUUAAAACUCAUGGCUUUGGAAGGAUUUGGCAAAGUAAUCGGAUCACUGGAGGAUGUAGUUAUCUAUGCUGAAUUGGCCGUCGAUAUUUUAACAUUUAAGAUGAAAUUGUACGAUUUUCGUGUUAUUCAAUUUAGAAAUAUUCAAGUACAAUUGGAUCAAACACGAUUUAUUAGACACUUGACCGGCGUAAUUUUAAGUCCCAUAACGAAUCUGUUUAAAGAUCGCAUCACUACAUCGAUAUCAGAUGGCCUUAAGGAUCAGAUGCAAAUGGUUAUGGAUGAUUUUAACAACGAGGAUCCCUUGGAAUUGCGAAGUUUUGUUAAACAAAUACUAGGAGGUUUGACAGGACAAAAGAAUCAAUGAUCUUUGGGAAGUGCAUUAAACGCAUUCAAUUUUUAAAUGUUGAAAUAUUUUUUCAUAUUAUAUGUUUUCUAUUGUGAUGUUUUGUUAUUGGUUUAAGUAAUUUACUUAAUAUUAGUUGAAAUGUACAUAAAUUUGUAAAUAAGUUUAGAAUUUACGAAUAUCAUAUGAAAUAAUGGGAUUUUUAAAAGAAGAUUCUUAAUUAAUGUAUUGUUUUAAAGGAUCCCUAUAAGCUCGCUUAUUGAAAUAAAUUUAUUAUUAAACUCCUUUAUAAAUAA